AUGGUCCCGUUCUCUGCGGAUCUCUACCAGCACGUCUUUUCGUUUCUCCCCCAGAGAACAGUCCUUGAUUGUCGCCUCCUCAACAAAUCAGUGGGCGGUCUUGCCACUGUCCUCGCUUUCCGUCAUGUCCGCUUGGAGGCUUGCCGAGCAGCUCCCGUUGGCUUUAUCAAGCUUGCUUUCAACGAGGGGCUUCGAAAUCUAGUCCGUGAAAUCACUUUGGACACAUGGGUUGGCCCGGAGUUUAAUUACCACGCCAAUCUCAAUUAUGAAGAGCCAAAAGCUUUCCUCCGUGCUCUUCCUCAUCUUCGAUCCUUCCGCAAUCUUAUGAAACUCAAUGUCAGGUUUAACGAGUAUUGUGGCAACGAGGAUGGAGAUGACUGGGGUGGCAUCUCUUUUGAAGAAACAUAUGACUUCCGUUUCUGUAUCUUGGAUGCCGUCUUUCGUUGUGUUGCCGGAACGUGGACCGAGUCAUAUCAGAGAGAGUGGCUGGAAGAGCACGAUUUGGAGGACGAUGUCAGCGAUGAGGACGUACAAGACACAUUUCUAGGCUAUCUUGACGCCAACGACAUGUUUCCGACAACGCCAAUGCAGCUCACGUCUUUGACAAUCUCCAACCUGGCAGACUAUGAUGACCGUCGGCUGACAUCCUCUGAAGCGUUCAUGACAGUCAUGGCUCUUCCUUCGCUCAGAGAGCUCAAGGUCCUGGUUACGGUUGAAUUAGUUGAUUAUGCACCCGAGGAUGCAGUAUGGCUUCCUGAACAAUAUGACUUCUUUGAGAGCUUGCCGCAAACAUGGCUUUCGCCUUCAAUCGCUCAAGACUUGCGAGUCUUAUCCUUGUACAGUGUAGACUACUGGGGCUGGAAUCCUAAGAUGGACUUUCGUGUUGUCAAUCCACUAGCUGGAAAACAAUCCGGAUUUCCAAACCUGCGAGUACUUGCUCUGGGAAAUUAUAUAUUCAGUCACGAGUGGCAGGUCGACUGGAUCGCCUCUCUAGGUCGGUGUAAUGGCCGUGGAGGCCUGGAAGAGCUAUACUUGGAUGAUUGCCCCAUCAUGUGGCAGGCACGCAACUACGAGCCUUUCGACGAGUCGAAAACUAUUCUAGGCACAGACGUUGAUGGAAAUACUAUUGAAAUAUGCAACGAGGGUUAUCCCCUCAAAGAGAUUAUGAACAGAGAUAAUCCGACCCCACAACUUGACGAGCCUGGUGUAAAAGAAUAUGACCUACGCUGGCAUCACAUGCUCGAAACCUGGAGAAAAGAAAUGCAUGGUCUCAAGGUGUUCAAGAUGGGCAGUGGUGACUGGAGAGGAGAAGCCGCGGACAUUGACGGUAAUCCAGACGAGGAGCCCCUGAAUAUGCUAUCACCGGCUGACCAAGAGAGAAUUUCUCACCGAAUGAAAGACACCGUCUUCUUGAACUACGACUCACCGUCUCCCCCGGCACCUGAUGAAUCUGAUUCCCGUUUUAAGUCUCGCACUUCUGGUUUGAGGCAGGAUCGUCAACACAUACUACAGUACCUUCAAUUCAACAUCGGAAUUGGCCCUAGCCCAUGGCUGGAGAGGGACUUUGGCUCAAAGCUGAUGAGAGACUCGGAUUCCGGUCUGGCCGAGUAUGAGAGAUGUAGGACCAAAGACGAAGAAGCUUUGAAAACCCUAAUUCAGGGACUUGAGAAGAGGCAUAGGAGAUAA